AGACAAACAUCUUGCCCGUCAGUAUGGACAGACGUCGCCGCCGACAUGAAAACCAGCUUCAUCGUCGAUGGAGCUUGUACAGAUGAUGCCCGGGCCGCCAUCCGCCUCUCGUUUCAUGACUGCUUCCCGGCAGGAUCAUGUGAUGGGUCCAUCAUCCUGGCAGAUGAAUGCUCUACUCGGGGUGAAAACUCACAGAUGACGGGUAUCUGCACUACCCUUGGAGAGAUGGCAACGCAGUAUAACGUGAGCACCGCCGACAUAAUCCAACUUGGGACAGCGCUUGGCAUAGCCUCCUGCAUGGGGCCCGCCAUCUCGUUUAAGGUAGGCCGCACCGACUCGAGUACGGCGAGUCCAACAGGCCAAAUGCCUGGGGCCAACGAUAACGCUACCUCGAUAACGGCAGCUUUCGUAGCCAAGGGCUUUACAGCUACAGAGCUGGUUGCUCUGAUCGGAGCCCAUACCGCCGCGAAGGACCUUAACGAUGUUGCCCUCGACACCACCGAAGCCCAGUGGGACAACACGUUUUACAGCGACACUAUCGACGGAAGUGCUCCAACCACUCUGAACAGCGACAAGUUCCUGAGCAACUCUUCGGGAACGAGUGCUACAUGGAGCAAGUUCGCAAGCAGCGCUUCGGAUUGGGAGGCUGCUUUUGUGCCGGCCAUGGAGAAGAUGAGCUUGCUGGGAAAUGAUGAGGCGAGCAUGAUCGACUGCUCUAGCGUCAUC